AUGGACUCAGAAGUUUCCGAGAGAUCCCAAUUACAAAAACUGGCUUAUACAUCAUUGACCGAGUACUUCCAAGAGCAUGACAACGAAGUCAUUGAAAUCGCAAUUCUCCCUCCAUCCGUACAGCCACCAGAUGGUGUCUUGAUACAAGAAGGUUCAUCACUUGGGAUAUCAAAGAAAGCCCUUAUCUUGGCUUACAUGGAAGCACGUGGACUAUUCUUCGGGAAGAGGCAGAGUAAUGAUCCUUCUACAAUAAAUCAGACAAUACAGGCGACAGAGAUUAUCCUUCUCUUUGACCCCGAACAUAUCACUGCUGCAAAUUACCGUAAGCGUGUGCUUGCCCAGCUGCAAGAUGAACACGGACUCCACGCUGGGAAUAUAUUUCACAAGGCUUUACUACGAGAGCUUUAUUUUCUGGACAGCGUCCUCACAUCUCCGCUCCAUCGUCAGUCAAAGUCACCGACCCUAUGGUAUCACCGCUCCCGCAUUGUAGACUCCCUUAUACUUUUCGGUCUGACAGACACAUUGGAUGGUCAGAAGGUGGUCUUUUGGAACAACGAGCUCGAGGCUGUAUGCAAAUCUGGGGAGCAACAUCCUAGGAAUUAUCAUGCUUGGCAGUAUGCUCGUAGAUUGGUCCAAAAAGCCCAUGGUUUUGGGUCAGAUGACCAAUUUGCUCCACUCGUCAAAAAAUGGUGUUGCAGACACCCAAGCGACAUAUCUGGUUGGUCUUUUCUUUUGUACUUGAUGCCUCGAUUAGCGCCAUCACUGAGGCAAGAGCUGGUGAGGGAUGUGCUGGAUUACGCCAUUAAGUUCAGCAUCGAGAAUGAGUCACUAUGGGUUUUUAUUCGCACAGCUCUCGCACAAGACAUGCCCAGCGUGGAUCACUCGAUAGUCUAUCAGCACCUUCAAGAUUAUGUUAAAAUCUUGACAAACGACGAAAGACCACAAAAUGAAGCCCACACCGCUUCUAAUGCUCUCAAAUGGAUCGACACUUAUGGACAACAUAUCGGAUGA